AUGUACUAUCCGCUGAUCCAUUUUACACCGGCGUUACGAUACCUUGCAGGUGUGCAAAGGUCUAUUCAAGAAUAUAGCACAGGGAGUGUCACAACUACUGAUACUAGUAGUUGUAGCAUCAAUACUGGUACAUUACCCCCGUCAUCAUAUAACCAUCGACAAUUUAAUGAUAAAUUCUUAUGGUCUAGUUGCACCGAUAUUCCACGAGUUCACCUGAGAUGUCGUCGGAUGAAACCUGUCGAUAACACAAAUAUGCAGCGCUUGUUACCACAAUACAAACAGACUGCUGGCGAUCCAACCAAGAAUACUUGUUGCGAAGGUACCGAUGUAUUGGUGGCUUGGGCAGCAGCUAUUAAACAAGCCUUGAUGCCGAUUACACCACAAAAAAGUGCAGUUAGUGUACACAAGCCUGGAAGCAUGGACAGUGGUCAGCAGCGACAGUCCAAAAAUAUACAAUUCAACAAUUCUGCUGAAGAUGAAAUGGGUCAAUUAGGUAUACAACUACGGGAUGAGCAAGAUUUUUCACAACGUUAUCAAAUUUUCAUUGAUGAAGUCCUUGGUUCUGGACAAUUUGGUACUGUAUAUGGAGGAAUUCAUCGGAAAACAGGCAGACAUGUUGCUGUAAAAUUGAUUAAUAAAAUGAAAUUUCCAAACAAUAAAGAAGCAGCUCUUCGAACCGAAGUUGAUAUUUUGAGCAAAGUUGAACAUCCGGGUGUAGUGGCAUUCCAGGAAAUGCUGGAAACUACAGAUCGAAUAUUCGUUGUAAUGGAAAAGCUUAAGGGUGAUAUGUUGGAGAUGAUUUUGUGUAGUGAAAGAGGGAGGUUGUCCGAACGGGUUACACAGUUUCUUGUUUAUCAGAUACUCAUUGCAUUGCGUUAUCUUCACAGUUUAAAUAUCGUACAUUGUGAUCUGAAGCCGGAAAAUAUUUUGUUAACUUCGGAUUCGGAUUUCCCUCAGAUAAAACUCUGUGACUUCGGUUUUGCUCGCAUUAUUGGUGAACGGGGAUUUAGGCGAUCUGUUGUUGGCACACCUGCCUAUCUUGCCCCAGAAGUGCUGUGUAAUAAAGGCUUUAAUCGAUCAUUAGAUAUGUGGUCCGUUGGUGUUAUCGUUUACGUCAGUUUGUCCGGCACAUUUCCAUUCAAUGAAGAUGAGGACAUAAAUGACCAAAUCCAGAAUGCCGAUUUCAUGUACCCGAUGAACCCGUGGUGCGAAAUUACAGCUGUAGCAAUCGAUUUCGUCCAUAAUUUACUGCAAGUUAAAAUGAGCAAGCGACUAACAGUGCUUAAAGCGCUAAGUCAUAAUUGGCUGCAGAAAUAUCAACUUUGGUCGGAUCUACGAUCUUUGGAAAAAGAAGUUGGUGGACGAUUUCUAACGCAUGAAUCAGAUGAUGCCCGAUGGAUCAAUUAUGAGAAUGAGCUAGGCCUGAAACCUAGUUAUUUGUAG